AUGGCGAGCGCACGGAGCCAAGGCGCGCAGCGCGGGCUGACGCUGGACGUGGUCCAAGCGGUGGUCGGCGAGUUUGGGUUCAUUCUUGCGCUGAUCUUUGGCGGGUGCUGCUCGAAUGCGUGGGCGCUCGAGCUGACCACGAAGCAGCUCCCUGCGUCAGGAACGCUGCUGACGCUCGUGCAGUUCAUUGCCACUGCGUUCGUCGCGCUCCUCGGCCAGCUCGAGUGGCGGCGUGUGUAUGGCAUGGAGAUGCUUGUGAUCAAGAAGCCGGGCGUGCCGCUGCGGCGAUGGCUCGUACAGGUCCUGCUGUACUUUACGACGAGUCUGCUGAACAACACGGCGUUUGCCUAUAGCAUCCCCAUGUCGGUCCACAUUGUGUUUCGCAGCGGGGGGAUGGUCGUCAACAUGCUGCUUGGAUACCUGAUCGACAAGAAGCGGUACGCACCGCUGCAGGUGCUCAGCGUCGCACUCGUCACGGCCGGCGUCGUGGUCGCGACGCUCUCGGCCUCGCAUCCUUCGCACGCCUCGCACGCGUCGGCAGAAGACUACGGCUUUGGCGUGCUCCUGCUCAGCCUCGCGCUCCUCUCGUCCGGGAUCAUGGGCAUCUUUCAGGAGCGCACCUAUGCGAUCUACGGGCGCGAGCACUGGCACGAGGCGCUGCUCUACUCGCACCUCUUUUCCUUGCCGCUCUUUUUGCUGCACACGCGCAGCCUGUCGGAGCAGGUGCGCGCGGCGAAUGCGACGCGGCCACAGUGGAUCGGCCUGCAGGCGUGGGGCAUGCACAUUCCGUCGUACUAUGUCGUGCUCGCGCUCAACGUCCUCACGCAGCUAUUGUGUGUCAACGGAGUGAACCGGCUCACGUCGCGCGUCACGAGCCUCAGCGUGUCGCUCGUGCUGGUCGUGCGCAAGGCCGCGAGUCUGGUCGUCUCGGUCGUGCUCCUGAACGGGCACACCGGCAAUGUAGCACUAUGGGGCGGCGCGGCAGCCGUCAUGAUCGGUACCGUUGGGUAUACAUACGGCGGGCUGCAGCGACCCCCCAAAAUCCGCGCCAAGGCGCAGUAA